GGCCUUUGACUUGGCUAUAUGGCAAUUAUUCGACUUGGCAGGUGCCUUUUGUGUCAAUUGGCUUAAAUUGGGCUUUGGCUGUCAACCGAGGUAAGACACCAACGUUCAAUGACUUGCAAGCUGUGCUUGUGUGCAAUGAUACAACGUGAGUAUUGUAAGGCGGGAAACUCAGAAUCAAGCAACGAACUGAGCCUGAAACAACUAAUCUUCAUAUUUUAUGUAACUCUGACUGAGGCUCUUCAAUUACUCCGUACAUCGUCCUCGGUAUACGCGACCUUGGCCGUCACGUGCCCCCGCACAGUAUACCAAGGCAUCGGCUCCCGGCUGGCUCCGCACUUCGACAUUAAUCUGUCUUGCGAUCUUCCAGGUAUAUUGACUGUGAUCUUCAGUCGUCAAGUCCCCCGCCGGAAUUCCAGCAGUAUGAGCGCUUUGCGAUGUGCUAGGUCGGGGUUGAGGGCUACUUUUGGAGGAGGCCGAUUUAGUUGUUCUAAGCCUGUUUGGAAAUUCCCACAGAGGCGAAGCUUUUGUGUCACUCCCUGGCAGCAAUUAAGGACGACAGGAGUUGCGAGUGCGCAAUCGAGAGAUGCCUCUUUCCAGACCGCAGAUGAUACGGUCGAUCUGUUGAAGUCGCCCUCUCUGUGGCUUCGUGACAACUGCCAAUGCAGCCAAUGUGUGAACCAGGACACGCUGCAGAGAAACUUUGAUACUUUCAAGAUAGACGCGAAGAACCUCGAGGUCACGAGCUCUCAGUACGCUGACGGUGCACUUGCUGUCAAUUGGUCGGACGGACACAAGUCUCAUUAUCCGGCGUGGUGGGUUAAGAAGGCAAAGCAAAGCCUGACUCCUCGAACUGCUCCGCCAUCAGUAUGGGAUACAGUCGAGCUAUGGAACCAUGAGCAGGCGGCAGGCUACCGCAAGAAGCAAGAGGUGCCUUACGACCCUUCUUCCAGCAGUGAUUGCCUCCGCGAGGCGACGGCUCGCUUGAAUCGAUAUGGGUACUGCUUCAUCACCGGCGUGCCAGCGGCUCCCGAGCCCACCGAGGCGUCGUUGGAGCAGUUCGGACCUAUCCGUAAUACUCACUACGGAGGCUUCUACGACUUCACGCCCGAUCUCGCAAAGGCCGACACAGCAUACACGAACAUUGCGCUGCCACCCCAUACAGACACAACCUACUUUACCGAGCCGGCCGGCCUUCAGUCCUUCCACAUGCUGUCGCAUGAAGGACCCCGAGACGCUGACGGUGACCUGGGCGGGAGUUCGAUCCUUGUUGACGGGUUCGCAGCCGCCUCGAAAUUGUAUCACGAGCAUCGUGAUGCUUUCGACUGCCUCAGCAAAGUCCCUAUCCCGUGGCACGCCAGUGGUAACCAAGGUGUGACAAUCACGCCUGCAAUGCGUGCGCCCGUCAUAGAAUUCGUCCAAAGCGGUUAUGGUGAUGACCUCCUGAGGAUCAGAUGGAACAACGACGACCGUGGUGUGGUGCCGAUAGAGGAGUCUGAUGAAUGGUAUGCAGCAGCGCGCAUCUGGGACUCCAUUUUGAAAGACAAGGAGAUGCAAUAUCACUUUCAGCUUGAGCCCGGAACCGUCCUGAUUUUCGAUAACUGGCGCGUUCUCCAUGGCAGAACAGCGUUCGAGGGCAUCAGGAGGAUGUCUGGUGCCUACAUAAAUCGCGACGACUACUUCUCGACCAAGAUCAACUCGCAGCUGACGCGGGAUGAGGUCCAGUCUUGGAGUCUGUUCCAGGACCGCAACAACCUGGUGGAGUCGUCAAAGCGCAUUAUCUCCAGGACGUGAUCAAGCUGGCUUCGUGCUGCUUCUGCGGCGAGCAGGACGUCUGAGCACUUCGCAGGGCGGCCCGGACGGACCGACAUGAACAAGCGAAUGCAACCCAGCCGAGGUAUGCCUUCAGUUCAUGCGCGGGGGAUGCAACGUCUACGCUCGACUACAAGUGCCUCUGGCGGACAGCAACCGCAGGGGAGAUGUUUGAGGCUGCGAGUCACUAUAGUCAGUGGGGCUUUGCGCACUUGGCGCGCGACAAGUACGGCAUAGUGAAAAGGGCAUGGACACUUGUACGUACAACGAACGAGGCUAGUCUCCCGCAAAUUGAGAAGCGAUUUAAAGCGCGCCUGUUACGUG